AUCGCUAUGUCGUAUAUAAGACGGGAGAUCACUGCGAUAUGUAUCAAUCCAGUUCUGGAAGUGGAAUUGUGAUCUUAUCUCAGUUUCUAAACCAAAAAACUACAAAAAUGUUCUUCAAGGUGGUCUGCGUGUUAUCCGUGGCAGUUGCCGUGGUCUCAGGGUACGCCCACUCCUCCCAGUACAUCCAUCGUCACGAUGGCCACCAUGAGCCCGUGCACCAUGGAUACGGUGGUGGAUACGGUGGUGGAUACGGUGGUGGCUACGGAGGUGGCUAUGGAGGUGGUUACGGAGGCUAUGGACAUGACCAUCAUGAUUACUACACUUACCCAAAAUACGAGUUCGGGUAUGAAGUAGAGGACCCCCACACUGGAGACUUCAAGUCGCAGCAUGAGUACCGCGACGGUGACGUGGUGAAGGGCCACUACUCCCUGCACCAACCUGAUGGCUCCGUCAGACACGUCGACUAUCAUGGCGAUGACCACAGCGGUUUCCACGCUGAUGUGAAACACAGCACACACCACAUCGUGCCUCAUCAUUACCACUACUGAAGAAUUUCCCCAGUGAUGAAUAACUUUUAAGGAAAAUUGAGGGCCUAGCAAAGACUCCUGGCCUUUUUUGACGACUUUCAAUUGUAAAUUUAAAAAAAUCCCAAGAAUCCAAACGAAAAUGUAAAUUGUUUAUAUUAUAACUUUCGUGAGAUUUACUAAACAAAUUAAUAUUAUAUAACAUACACGACGCGGCGACUGUCGCGUUGCUUCUGACGUAACAGUGCGACAGUCGCCGUGUGUCGAGGAAUGCUGCUCAUGAAUAUAAGCCUCUAGUAUGGCUUGAAACUAAUCGAGUUCCUCGUCAAAUAAUUAUGUGUGUAAUUCGAAAAACAUAAAGAAAAUGUAAAUGUCAAAUCUUGUGCUAGGGCCUCAAUAUUCCUUUACUAAUUUAUUUUUCUAAACAACGUUUAUGUAUUCUUUUCCUUAUAUUUAAGGAGAUGGAUUAUACAAAUGUUCCGCUGUAAUACAAAUGUACAAAUAUAUUUAUUUUCUUACAAAUA